UUAAUUCGCGUGCCUUUGGAAAACAGGAGGCCGCUGCGUAAAUCAUGAGAGGCUCGCGCGCGCACUUUUCAUCCCUCGUGGUCUCGACCUGAUCUUUGCCCAGUCCUCAACGGUUACGAGCAUCUCCAAUGCGGUCACUCCUCGUGCCAUUAUCGGACAAGCGAGUUGACCAUCAGUUCAAACGUGCUCUCGUGUUUUUUUGUUUCGAAAGGAAGCGAGGGGACACGAGCUCGGACACUUAGGGAAAAACGUUCCGGAUCGUACGGGAAAAAUUCGCGAUUGAUCGCGAACAUGAAGAGGAUCUCGCGCCCCUGCCCGCGAUGGGAAUCACCUCGUGUUGUGACGUGUGGUAAAGGGAUUGCCCGUGCGACGCUCGCACCUUCAAAUCGGAUGCUGUAAACGCGAUAUAUACUGUCAGCCUCGCGUUUCCUCCCUCGAGUGUGUCAACGAAAAAAGUGUGUCCCAUGAGUAGUUGACGGGGACUUUAUUAAUACGAUGGGAGAAUAUAUAAACGAUGCGUCGAUAAAUCUAGUAUAAUUAGAUGCUGCUAAACAGUGCGUGAAUCUGCGCGUGAUUCGAGGACGCGGAUCGACGGGUCAAGGUGUUACAAUUUAAGGUGGAUAUGGUAACUAUGAACUCCGAAAAAUCGGCUUGCCGCCGAAAACCAGGGGAGAAGAGCGGCAACAAGAAGGCGGCCGAGCAUGUCGAAGAGGCGGAUAAGAAAAACGAGAACAGCCGUACGAACGAAUCCCCGAAUUUGUCCCCCAACACCUCCAUGUACAACGUCACUGCCUCUUGCGCUGAAGAUACCCCUAAUUACCUUGUCUACAAAAAGAUGGAGUCAAUCGUGGAAAAGAUGCUGGACGAAUUUACCGGUGUCCCUGUGAAAACGGUCAAGACUUUCAUGACAAAAACGCCGUCUGUUUUUACAGGCACGGAUCUCAUAGCAUGGAUGAUGAAGAGUAUGGAUAUAGACGAUCAAGAGGCUCUUCAUGUGGCUCACCUUAUGGCAUCCCAUGGAUAUUUUUUUCCUAUCGACGACCACUGCCUUACUGUAAAGAACGACAACACAUUCUACAGGUUUCAAACACCCUAUUUUUGGCCAUCGAACUGUUGGGAACCUGAGAACACCGAUUACGCUGUUUAUUUGUGCAAGAGGACGAUGCAGAACAAAACGCGAUUGGAACUGGCGGAUUACGAGGCGGAGAACCUGGCCAGAUUGCAGAAAAUGUUCUCGCGGAAGUGGGAAUUUAUUUUUAUGCAGGCGGAAGCGCAGAGCAAAGUCGACAAGAAAAGGGACAAGCUGGAGAGGAAGGUGUUGGACAGCCAGGAAAGAGCCUUCUGGGACGUGCAUCGGCCAAUGCCCGGGUGUGUAAAUACCACGGAGCCAGAUAUCAAAAAGGCUUGCCGAAGUCACAAAUCCGUCGUGCAUCCAAGCAAGCACCUGCAACUUGGGAUCGCCGGCGGCAGGAUAUCACCGACCGCGGAGACGCACGCGGCCUCCUCGUCGAUAGAUCUCCUGCAGAAGGAGAUCGAUAUCCUGAAGGACAGAUUGGACAAGCCGGCUAUUAAACUCUCCAAAGUGGCUGAAGCGCUGAUCGGAUACUUCGAGCAGUACAUGGAAUACGACCCCUUCUUCACCCAACCCGAGUACACGAAUCCGUGGAUAUCCGACAGUCCGGAAAUGUGGGAGCAGGAGAAAUUAGCGCGCGAAAUAUCCACGAGGAGGGUAAAGAGAUGGGCGUUCAGCCUCCAAGAGCUCCUUCAGGAUCCCAUUGGCAGAGAACAAUUUAUACGCUUCUUAGAUAAGGAAUUUAGCGGCGAGAAUCUCAAAUUUUGGGAGACCGUUCAGGAAUUGAAAACUUUACCGCAGAAAGACAUCGAAAGAAAAAUCGAAGAGAUCUGGCGCGAGUUCUUGGACACGGACGCCAGCUGUCCCGUCAACGUCGAUUCGCGAUCUUACGAGAUGACCAAGAGGAAUCUCGAGAAGCCGGACCGAUGGUGUUUCGACGUUGCUGCGGCGCACGUGUAUCACCUGAUGAAGAGCGACAGUUACUCGAGAUACUUACGCUCGGAGAUGUACAAGGAUUUUCUCAAUGGAUCGAAGAAAAAGACUUCUGUGAAAGGCAUUCGUUCUAUCGUUUCCUUCACAGGGCGAAGGGACACCGCAGCUUCGUAACCUGUUUCUACCGCUUACACGUAAUCUUACACCCCUCUACCCGCUACGUUCCGUUUCCUCUUCUCAUACUUCGUCAAAAGAUAUAUUUAUUUCGUUACAAAACGCAUUCUACGUAACAGCACUUUUUGAGCAAUUCAGCAAGUAUAAAUAAUAAUGCAUGUAAAUAACGCGCGUUUUCUUACGCCCGGGUCUCCCUCCAAGAGAUAUUUCAGAUAUAAAUAAUUCUAAUAGCAAACUAAGGGGAAAUAGAAAUGUUAGAACGAACUACAAAUUGUGUAACAUUAAUUGUGUAAUCAACGUAAUCUCAGAUGUUAUGUAUAUCUUCAACAAAGCAAGUGAAUUGAAAACAAAUGACACGCACAUAUACAUGUACAGAAAUAGAAUAUUUUGCAUAUAAUUCUACGCAGAUAAUUUCAGUAUCGCCCAAAAGUGUGAUGAAGUAGAUCAUUUUAUGGAACAGACAAUUAUCCUAUUGUCCUCAUUUUGACUCUUGUCUUUUUAAACCUGUGUCGUUACGUUUUCACUCGAUGCACAGAAACUAUGAUGUUAGAGAACCUCUCGGAAUAAGUAAAUUACAAUAAAACGAAAUUAGAAGAGAUAUCUAUCGCUUAUUCAAGUACUACUCAUUUAAUUACUCUUCAAUAAAGAACGAAUUUGUA